CGGGAUAUGGUCCCUGUUGCGCGACCCGGAGUUAAGGAGGAGCAAAGAUGGCGCCGACAGCAAGGAAUCGGGCGAACGUCCACACGAGAAAAGAAUUACAGAAGGAAAUCCUGAAACGCCAGGCGAAUAACAAAGAAUCCUCCAAAGAGAGAGAGGAUACUGGGCAGAAUAUAAUAGCCGUGGUCGAGCCCUGGACACCAGGAGCAUACACAGCUCUCAAGGCGCUCCUCUCUGCCCGGCUCUGUGCCGCCAUCUGGGCCCUCAUCAACGACUGCGAUGAAACCUACAACUACUGGGAGCCUACCCACUACCUCCUGUACGGCAAGGGAUUCCAGACGUGGGAGUAUGCCCCCCAGUAUGCCCUGCGCUCCUACACCUACAUCCUCAUCCACGCGGUCCCCGGCUGGAUUUACUCUAACCUCCUGCAGUCCAAUCGCAUGCUGGUGUUCUUCUUCAUUCGGUGCAUGCUGGCCCUGGGCUGCUCGGGCUGUGAAUUGUACUUUUACAGGGGUAUCUGCAAGGAAUUUGGGGCAAACGUUGGGAGGCUCACUCUCAGCAUCCUUGUCUUUGCCGCAGGAAUGUUCAUUGCUUCGACUGCUUAUCUUCCUUCAAGUUUUGCAAGGUACAUGACCUUCAUGUCAAUGGGAGCUUGGUAUCAUCAGAGUUACGAACUUGCCAUUUUUACUACUGCCAUUUCGACUUUCCUUGGCUGGCCUUUUGCAGCUGCUAUUGGGAUCCCCAUCGCAUAUGACAUUGUUUUUCGCAAGCAGCAGAUUUUCACAUUUGUCAAGUGGUGCAUAAUAUCCAUGGUCACUAUCUUGGUUCCAAUGGUCCAGAUAGAUUCUCACUACUUUGGCAGCUUGGUCAUUGCUCCUCUAAACAUUGUGAAGUACAAUGUCUUCACUUCUCAUGGUCCAGACCUUUAUGGCACUGAACCAUGGAGUUUUUACAUGUUCAAUGGCUUCCUGAAUUUUAAUAUUGUGUUUUUAGCAGCACUGGCAUCUCUUCCCAUGUAUACACUGGUGUCUUAUUUAGUACAGCUGCCAAAGAAGAGCAGCAUGUACCUCCCACUGUGGCUCACUCUGUCCCCGUUCUACCUCUGGCUCCUUGUCUUCAUCCUGCAGCCGCAUAAGGAGGAGCGUUUCCUUUUCCCAGUCUAUCCGCUGAUCUGCCUUGCCGGAGCCAUUACCAUUGACUGCUGUCAAAAACUGGGCUCAUUCUUGUUAUCAGUGAAACGACAACAUUACCUACACCACACAAAUUGGCUUGCAAUUUGCAUUGUUAUUGUGACGUCAGUGCUAAGCCUUUCACGUAUUGUUGGACAGUAUAGAGCCUACCACGCACCCUUGGAAACGUUCAUGGAGCUGAACCGACUUGCUGUAGAAGAGAAUUUCCCGACUGACCGGCCAAUUAACCUCUGCGUGGGGAAAGAGUGGCACCGUUUCCCAUCCUCGUUUUUCCUGCCAGGUUUAAAUUGGAAUUUACAGUUCAUAGAGAGCGAGUUCCGAGGGCAACUUCCCCAGCCUUAUUCGGAGGCGGCCAAUGGAACCCUAGUCAUUCCCGAGAAUAUGAACGACAUGAACAAGGAGGAGGAGUCGAGAUAUAUAUCCCUAAGUUCCUGUCACUUCUUGAUCGACUUAGACCGAGAAGAGGAGACGGAAAGGGAGCCGAGAUAUACGAAACGCACUGCGGAUUGGAUAACUCUCCAUAGUGUCCCUUUCAUGGAUGCACAGAGAUCUCAUAGAUUACUGCGUGCCUUCUACGUUCCCUUCGUCACGGAACAGCACUGCUCUUAUCUCAAUUAUACCCUGAUGCAGUCAACCAAGUGGAAACCAAAGUCACGAUAUUUAGGACGAUUAUAGUAAUAUAUUGAAUUGUUAUUUUAUUAGAAAAUAAGAUAAAUAAAAAUAAAGUUCUUGCUGUGA